UUUGGGCCCAUUUCUCUACAUCCUACACUCCGAGGAUGGUCUGUGCUUUGGCGGGCUCAUCUAUACAUGUGGACUGCACAUACACAUACCCCGGCCACCUUUAUGUGAAAGAAACAUUCUGGUAUCGAGGAUGUAGCAGUAAUGGAGAGAUGAAAGACCUGAGUCAAGACAAACAGUUUAAGGGUCGGAUCCAAUAUCUUGGAAAUAAAAAAAGUGACUGCAGCAUGACGAUAAAGGAUCUGAAAGACAGUGACUCUGGUGAAUACUGCAUCAGGAUCAUAACAAAUGUAUUGUGGGAAAAAUGGUCGGGAACUCCUGGAGUUGAUCUCUCUGUUUCAGAGCUGCAGGUAUCUGUGGCCUCAGAUACAGAGCAACAACCCCACCUACAUCUGGUACAGGAACUCACAGCCUGUGAGUAACAACCAUGCAGUCGUCAACAACAUCCUGCUUCUCAAACCAGUCAGCAGUGAGGAUGCAGGCAACUACUUGUGUGUUGUGAAAGGAUACGAGGACCAUCCCUCGCUUGCAGUGCCACUCAGUGUCAGAUUUGCUCCAAAGAACACCAUAGCAUCAAUCAUUCACACAUCUGAAGUGUCGGAGGGAAGUUUUGUGAUUCUGACCUGCAGCAGCGAUGCCUACCCACCUGUGCAUGACUACACCUGGUACAGACAGAAUGGACUUGGAACAUUCCGCAUGGGUGCUGGGAAGACCAUACACUUCACUGUGGCUCUUGAAGAUGGUGGACAUUAUUUCUGUGAGGCGAAGAAUGAAGUUGGAUCUCAGAACUCUACGACAAUGGAAUUAACUUUAGCAGUGUCAUCCCAGUGGACCAAAGGGGAACUCACAGCGAUUAUCAUUGUACCCAUCUUGGCACUCCUGGUUUUGGCAACUGUGGUCGUUACGUGCUGGUUGAGGAAGACGGCGAUUGUAAAUGAGGACAGCGUGAUUAAAGCGGAUGUCAAGCAAUGCACUAGUAAUGUUUACUGCAGCACCGUAGCAACCAUCUCUGACCCUGCAUGCUUCAAGAUGACCCCUGGCCCCCAUGUCAGCGUUCAACAUGACGAACACUACCCCACCCUUCACUUCACUCCCAGCUGGCAAGAGGUGUCUCUGAGCAGCAGCAUAGCGAAGGAGCAUCAGUUCAAAUAGCCAUGGGAGGAGUGGCUCGACACCUUUUCCAAACAACAAUUAUAUCACUAGCAAAAAAAUGAGCACUAAUCACAAGCACGAGUGUGAAUGUUUAUUUGAAGUAUAUUUUAUUAAUGUGCAAGCAAAUGCUACAUGUACACCACCCGAGAGAAACACAUGAAGAGUAGUCAACCAAUUUUUAGUUUGUAUGCAUUUUUUAUAUAUUGAUACUGUAACCUCGGUGUGUUGGACUAGCACUAUUGGUUCCCACAAUGCAUUGCAGCUGGGGUUCAGGGGGGGGGGGGUUAUUGUGUGUGUCUUUUACCUUUGUUUACUGUUUAUGGAUGUGUUUUAGUGUAGCGUGUAUCCCUCUUUAGUUUUGCCUCUUGUGUGACCCUUCUUGCUCGAGUCAUUGCAAUACAUUUUCUGACACAAUGGGGGGCAACAUUUUAAUUUUAAAGCCUUUCAGUAGAACAUACUGUUUUUCACAAGUACAACAUAUGUCAUGUAGUAUUGUGUGAAGUAAGUGUGAAUCCUCUGUUUUUUUAAUUUUCUUUUUUCAUAUGCAUGUACACGAUAAACAUGCUUGAAUAAGUAUAUCAUGAGUAUAAACAUGCAAUUAAAGUAAAUGAGAUACAGUAUGCUUAACCCACCUUGGUCUCCAUAAAAACAUGCUUAUCAUUCUAUAUUCUCACAGACUAUGUCUGGCUCCAAAUAAUCAAAAUGAAAACAAAGAGGGAUCCAUUUGGGGACAGGAGUGGUCUUCGUCCUCGUCUUCGUGGACUCUCUCUCUCUCUAACGCCCGACGCAAAGCCGACAGGAAUGUGUCGCGGUUGUUCGGGAUGUUGUAGUGCAUGAGAUCCAUCAGCUUCUGGAAGUCCUCCGGCUGAUAGGCCAGGUUGCUAGUGACGUACGGCGAGUCUUCGGUGUUGACAUCCACGUCCCCUUGUAUCAGUUCCUCCGCCCCCUCGCGCCUGACACCUUAGCGCAACAACAAACAGGAAGUAUAGGGUUGAUGACAAUCUGAUUUUCACCGCAGGAUUAUUGAGGCAAAAAUAAUUAAAACAUCAUC